CAUUUUGUCACCGACUUUCACCCGCCACACGACGGUGCUUUUUUUCUUAAAGGAGAAGCUACAAUGUUUUUUUAAAUCGCCCCCAGACAUGAAACUCCGAAAAAUGCGGACAACGUGAAAACCAGGGAACAGGUUUUCGGAAGGUACCGGCUCUCUUUUCGUUUCACUCUUGUAAACAAAGGAUCGGGGAUACAACACCGGCCCAAACUGCGGGAGGAGAGGGCGACAACGACAGGACUAACGGCUUUACAGGAACAGUGUCAUUGCGCAGUAUUAAGUGUUCCGCAGCUCGGGAUAGAGCGCGCGAAACCUCGACAACGAUGUAUCUCCCACAGGGUAACGAAGGACAUUGGGCGCGCGCGAGAUAACUGUUAAACGGCUCAGUUCUACAAAGCGCGCGCCACGGCCAGAAUUCCGACAGCGCGCGCGCGUUCCCGAUAAGGUUCACCCGUUGAUUGGAGUGUAAGAGCGCUUGCCCGGUUUGCUACUCCGAUUGGUUGGCCUGGAAGAGGGGGUGUUGGGUGUGUCUUGCAUAUUUUCUCCUGAUUGGCUGCCGAAGGGGAUUCUUGCGACCUGCUUGAACUUUGAACUUGUUCUUGAUUGGCCUCGGACGCCGGCGGGGCGGGGGUGUCUGCCAUACAGAGGCGGGGUGAGCGCUCCGCGCUGCUGUCAGGAGCAGGAGGGGCAGUCGCUGCUGCUCGCGCCCUCCCCCUCCAGCUGCUCUGAUGCCGGGAGCCCCCGAGCAGGCGGAGACCCAGGAGGACGAGCCGCAGCAAGACGAGCGAGAGAGAGAAGAGGAGAGGACUCCGCCUCCCAACGGCCGCCGGCGUCCCCCGCCCACUCCUACAGUCGCUGCUGAGCCGGGGGAGGAGUCUGGCGGCAAUCGGGUGCUCCGGGGAGGCCGAGAGCGGGGACGGGCUGCGGCUGCUGCCGCUGCCGCCGCUGCUGCCUCACGCCGAAGGAAGGCUGAAUAUCCUCGUCGUCGCCGCAGCAGUCCUGGCUCCCGGCAAAGCCAGGAGCCCGAGACGUUAACGGCCGCACCCGGUGCUGAGGCCAGCCCGCAGCCAACCGCCGCUCCGCCUGGCGCUGCCUGCAGGAAGGGGACCCCGCGCGCCGUAUACCUGGAUAAAGCAGUGGUGAAAGAUCCCAAAGAAGAGACAGAAGAGGAAGAAGUCUCCAAUGUUACUGCUACUGAAACCCCAGUCAGUACAGCUAGGCUCAAUCGAGGCUGGCGUAGCAACAGGGCAGCAGCUGCUGUUCGUCAGUGUGAUGAGAAUUCACGGAGCUCUAGAUCCAAGACUGGGACCCUGCAGCUCAUCUGCAAGUCAGAACCAAACACAGACCAGCUAGAAUUUGAGGUCACAGAAGAGCAUUCAUCUCCAACUGGAAUCAGUGAUGAAGAAGAAAUGCUCAUCAGUGAAGAAGAGGUUCCCUUCAAAGAUGAUCCCAGAGAUGAGACCUAUAAACCCCAUUUAGAAAGGGAAGCUCCAAAGCAAAGGAAGAAAACAGGGAAGGGAAAAGAAGAAAAAGAGAAACAGAAAGAGAUUAAAGUGGAGGUGGAAGUCAAAGAAGAAAGUGAGUUUCGGGAAGAUGAGGAGCCACCUAGGAAGAGAGGAAGGAGGAGAAAAGAUGACAAGAGUCCACGACUUCCCAAAAGAAGGAAAAAGCCCCCAAUACAAUAUGUACGUUGUGAGAUGGAAGGAUGUGGCACAGUUCUUGCUCAUCCUCGCUAUCUGCAGCACCACAUCAAAUAUCAGCAUCUGCUCAAAAAGAAAUAUGUAUGUCCUCAUCCAUCUUGUGGGAGACUCUUCCGGCUCCAGAAGCAACUUUUGCGGCAUGCUAAACACCACACAGAUCAAAGGGAUUAUAUCUGUGAAUACUGUGCCCGUGCUUUCAAGAGUUCCCACAAUCUGGCAGUUCAUCGAAUGAUCCACACAGGCGAGAAGCCAUUACAGUGUGAGAUCUGCGGAUUCACCUGCCGACAGAAGGCCUCUUUGAACUGGCACAUGAAAAAACAUGAUGCAGAUACAUUUUACCAAUUUUCUUGCAAUAUAUGUGGAAAGAAGUUUGAGAAAAAAGACAGCGUUGUAGCACAUAAAGCCAAGAGUCACCCAGAGGUGCUUAUUGCUGAAGCACUGGCAGCCAAUGCAGGCGCCCUCAUCACCAGCACUGAGAUCCUGGGUACCAAUCCAGAGUCCGUUGUCCCACCCACUGAUGGCCAGGGCCUUCCCCUUCUUCCAGAUCCCCUUGGAAACACCACUCCUGGAGAAUGUCUACUGCUGAACCCAGAUGGGAUGCCUAAGGCAUAUUGCAGUGGCGGUGACCGGGUCAAUCUGAUGACUGACGGAAAGAUCUUUGUCGGCAGUGCUAGUGCCGAGAGUACAGAAGGGCUGGUCAUGAACACGGAGAUCCUUGGAGCGACCACUGAAGUUCUAAUUGAAGAUUCUGAUUCUACAGGACCUUAGUAGGGAAGGAGCACAUGGGUGUUGGGACAACUUCAAGUUGUAUUUAAAAAAAAAUAAAUGGGAAAAACUUACUCAGUAUAGAGAAACUAAAACAUUUAAAUUACUAGUCAAAUAACUAAAGGGCCUGCCCCGCCUCUCAUCCCUCCCAGAGUGGAUCACUACACAUUCUUUCAUAGUUCCUUGUUGGAGAGGAAUGUUGCCUUUACACAGAGACUGACAAAGCAAGGAAUUCUUGCAGUGCAGUGCAGUGCAGUGAAGGGAAGCAGCCAGAGCCUAUCCCUCUCCCUGCCAUCCCAAAGGAAGCAAACUUCCUGCUUCUUGACUAUGUGGCAAGAUUGAAGCUGUUUAUACUCUGGACCAGUAUCUCAUCCUCAAAACCCUCUUUUUGUUCAUCCUAGUUGCAUCCUUUUCUAUGCAUUAUUAAAUUCUGACCCUUGCAGGCUCUUAUUUCUCCUUCUAGGGCUUGGGAAUAUAGCUUGGCACUUUAGGAUCCCUGAGCAGGAUGAGCUGUAAAACAGCAUGUAUCCCCCCCCCUUUCCAUCCUUCCCUUCUGCCUCUGUAAGGAAAGAGAAGGGAAUUCUGGCACUCUGGUACUCACUUUUUAAAUGAGGGGUGCCAUCCUUUUCUACAAUUGCUCUGGCUAAGAAAGCCCUGUGUAGGAGAGGCAGUGAGAAUGGGUGCUAGACUGGUAAAAGAAAACUUGCACUUUGAACAUGUCUUGUUUUUAAGUUGUGAUAACAAAUUCCUUAUUUAUUUGCUUUUUUUAAAAGAUCUUAGUUGCUGUCUAGGGAGGACAUUCUUUCAAAAUAAAUCCGUAAGGGGUGUAAAACAAGCAGCCUCUUCAGCAAUCCAUGUUAGGGAACUCCUUCCUCCUCCUGAAGGGCUAGUGUAGCAGAGUAGGUCUUGGCACCCUUUCUAGUCAACAGUGAGAUUCCUGUGUGCUUCAGCAUUUGUUGGGGGGGGGGAGGAUUUCUUUGUGGAGAAGUGAUUGCCACUUCAAAACUUUGACCUGCUUUUGUCAUUAAUCUCUCCCCCGCCUUUGCUAAUGUUUUGCUCACUUAGGCUACAUUGUGAACUUUGCCUUUCUCUAGCUUUGAUUGGGCUAAUGCCAUUAAGAGCAACAAGCCUUGUUUUGAGGAGGCUGAAUAGAUUGAUAAGCCUUUAAGACAUUUCAAUCCAGUCUUUUAGAACCUAGAUGCAAAACCGACAUCAGGUGGCAGCUCCAGCUGUCUUUGGCCAUAUAUCCAGCAUUCUCACAUAGAUGCAUAUCCUCUUGUUUCGGUGAAAAUUGGUGGCUUGGGUAUCACAUGUUUUAACAUUUGUGGAGAACAUAGAAAAGCAACUGACACGUCAAAGAUUUACUUGGACAUAAUUUGCAUGAGCUCUUGACUGUACAGUGGCACAGUAUCCCAGUGAACCUAAUUUUCUCUUCUACUGUCCUAAUGUAGUCAUGUGAACAAGGAUAAGGAAUCCCCUUGGACAUGAUUCUGCUUAAAACAUUUUCAUAUUGCCAUACUCUUUUAAAACAGUGUUUAUACUUACGGACAGAAGUCUUUUAAUCUAGAGUUCAACCUCACAUAGUCCUAAAUUCCUCUGUACAGCACUAGCGUGAUUCUCAGUAACAGCUUUUUACAGUUCUGAUUAUCUGGAGAGAUGUGUAAAUGAAGCUCCUUUCUUGAGUUGGAAGCUGAGCAUUGACAGGGUACAUCUGUGAGGCACUUCAAAUGAGGCAACAUUGCUGCCUGCCAAGAGUUUUUUUUUUAACCGGCAUUGCUUCAGUUUCUACAGACCAGUUAGAGGUUUCUCAACAACCUGCUAGGCUGCAAUACACAGUUGGUGUGUUACAUAUGGUUUUGGGGCUGCAUGUUUUACAGGCUUGAGCUAUCCUCUGAUUAGAAUUGGCACUAAAAAGGUAUUUUCAGUUGAGAGCUUAUUAUGUGUACUGCUGAGGAGUGUACUGCCCUCUUGUUGACUAGAAUGUACUGUAUUUCAUUGCUGUACCACCAAGAACAAAUCAUAGUUUUUCUCAGCAUUGUAGGGGUUUGUAACUUUCUGGUUGUAAGUAGGCAGUUGAAGUUCUUUCCCAGCUUGAGUUACCCUUCAGCCUCUUGCCUGCCUUUCCUAGACAGCUCUGUUGAUCUUUUUUCCCUGUUGGAGUGUGUGUGUAUGUGUGUGUGAUUUUGUUGAAGAAACAUUGUCUUGUGUUUAACUAGGACAGCUCCUUGCACUUUGAGGUGAAUAACUUCUGGUCUAGAUUUAUAAACUGAAACCAUUUGUCUUGACAUAAAGUGUUCCUGCUGCUUCCCCUUAAUGUGUCUCCCACCAUAUGCAUGCAGUUUUGCUUCAAUCAAUUAUUAUAGUAGUUGCAAUAAACUAUUUAUAUUUUCUUCUAAUAAGCUUUUUCCCAUGGGAAGGAAGCACAGUGCUGGGAGCUGAAUUGAUAUAAUCUCCUUUCCUUUGUAAUAUGGGAUAAUUUACAGUAACUAGUUUGACACUGACCCACUCCAGAUGCAGUUCCAUAGCUUUGUCCAGUCUGUAAGCUCACUUUGGUUUUGUAAGCAUUGCAUACCCUUCCUGUUAAUGUGAGGGUGUUUCUCCCUCCCCUUCAGGAGCUGAUAGAAGCUUAUUUCCAAACCUCCUAAGUAUGGGUUCUCUUUCCAGCAAUUAACUGAAUACCAAUAGAAGUGAUUAAAAUAGGAAAUUCAAGAGGCAUUUCAAUGACUGGUGCACUUAGUGUGUGAGAAAUGGUCCAUCUACUUCAAAUAGUUUUUGAACAAUGGCAAAAUGGUAGAGCCUUUGUAGGGUGGAGAACUGUUAAAUCCCUGAAGGAGCCUUCCAGGAUGAUAGUGAAGAACUUGGGGCAAACUGCACUAGCAUUAUAAGUUCCUACCAGAGAGGGGUCAAGAUUUGCAAUUCUUAGCAGAACUACCUGAAGUAGUAGCCACUGGGUGGCAACAGAGCUGUGUUGCAUUCUGGCACACCCCUAUUUUUUAGUGUUAAGGGAAGGGAUGGUUGAGCUGACAAGUCUGACUGCUUAAAAGCCUUGUUGCAUACAAAAAUUUCCACAAAGUGAUGGUGGAGAUUUGGGGCAGGGUGUCAGGGAGAGGGGCAGUGAUAAUCCAUGUUGAUAAAGGGUUAUGUAAACAAAAGUAAAUAAAACAAUAAAAAGGGAUACUGUUUU